AAUUCAGAGUGGCCUGGGCUACAGGGGAUAUUUAGGACAGACUUUUCUCGAGAGGCAGAAAAACAAGGGAGAGUUGUGCGAUUCUGAAAAAAUAUAUUCUUGCUAAAUUCCAGGGUUCUUAAAGAAUAUGUAAAAAAAAUUAGAGGUAAAGUUUCUCGCGAUAUCUUAAUACAUCCGGCAUAAUAGAACUCAGUGAGCCACAGCGCUGGAAAGUAGAAGCUCGCGAGAUCUCUGCAGUUGCCGAAGAGAAGAGGAGGAAGAGGAGAGGUGAUCUCGCGAAAGAAAAGCUGCCGGGAGAGCUCGCGAGAUCUCAGACCACCGGACCCGAAAGGUUCUUAGGGAGUUGAAGGGCCUGGAGGCGGCCCCGGAAGAAAUGGCGGGAGCUGGGCCGACCAUGCUACUACGAGAGGAGAAUGGCUGUUGCAGCCGGCGUCAAAGCAGCUCCAGCGCUGGGGACUCAGACGGGGAGCGCGAGGACUCGCCGGCUGCGCGCGCCCGGCAGCAGCUGCAGGCGCUGCUCAACAAGACUAUGCGCAUUCGCAUGACAGAUGGACGGACGCUGGUCGGCUGCUUCCUCUGCACCGACCGCGACUGCAAUGUUAUCCUAGGCUCGGCGCAGGAGUUCCUCAAGCCGUCGGAUUCCUUCUCUGCUGGGGAACCCCGUGUGUUGGGCUUGGCCAUGGUACCCGGACACCACAUCGUUUCUAUUGAGGUGCAAAGAGAGAGCCUGGCGGGGCCUCCCUAUCUCUAACCAUGAUCGCGCAUGCCUUUUAGACUUCAUUAAACUUGUAACCCAA